AUGACCAACGUAUUCUUUGAUGUUUCCGCCGACGGCCAACCAUUGGGCAAAAUCACCUUUAAAUUAUACGACGAUGUUGUUCCCAAGACCGCUGAAAACUUUAGAGCAUUAGCCACUGGCGAAAAGGGCUACGGCUACAAAGGAUCCAUUUUCCACAGAGUCAUUCCUCAAUUUAUGUUGCAAGGUGGUGAUUUCACCAACUUCAACGGAACUGGAGGUAAGUCUAUCUAUGGAACCAAGUUUGCUGAUGAGAACUUUGCCAAGAAGCACGACAGACCAGGUUUGUUGUCGAUGGCCAAUGCUGGCCCAAACACUAACGGAUCGCAGUUUUUCGUUACUACUGUGCCUACUCCUUGGUUGGAUGGUAAGCACGUUGUGUUUGGUGAGGUUACUGAUGGGUUCGAUGUUGUUAAGAAGAUUGAGUCUUUUGGAUCUGGAAGUGGUGCCACUUCUAAAAAGAUCACCAUUGACAACUCUGGUCAAUUGUAA